AUGGCCCACGCUCCCAACGUUCAGCUCAUUCCUGGAGUCUCCAAGCUCUCUAGAUCUCAGGUCUACGCCAAGAAGGCCCUCUACAAGAAGAAGAAGGUCGUCAUUGCUGCCAAGACCGAGGCUAAGGCUGCCACCAAGACCGUCACCGUUGGCGGCGCCAAGAACGGCCAGACCCGUGUCGUCCCUGUCGAGAAGGCCUCCCGCUUCUACGCCGCCGAGGAUGCCCCCCAGCCCAAGGUCUCCCGCAAGACCGUCAAGACUGGUGCCCUCCGCCAGAGCAUCACCCCCGGCACUGUCCUGAUCGUCCUGUCGGGCCGCUUCCGUGGUAAGCGCGUUGUCUUCCUCAAGAGACUCGACUCUGGCCUCCUCCUCGUCACCGGCCCCCACAAGGCCAACGGCGUCCCCCUCCGCCGCGUCAACCAGGCCUACGUCAUUGGCACCUCCACCAAGGUCGAUGUCAGCAAGGUCAACGUUGACAAGUUCGACGACGCCUACUUCAAGAAGCCCAAGGCUGCCAAGGCCAAGGCCACCGAGGAGGCUCUCUUCAACGCUGCUGAGCGCAAGCCCGUCGAUGCCCACCGCAUUGCUGACCAGAAGGAGGUUGACGCUGCCGUCAGCGCCGCCAUCAAGAAGGUUCCCGCUCUCAGGGGCUACCUCAGAUCGUCCUUUGCUCUGUCCAAGGGUCAAUUCCCCCACUUGCUGAAGUUCUAG